AUGUUAGGCAAACGAAAACGGGAUGUUACGGUCGUUACGAGACAAGCCCAUAACGAGGAGGAUAGCGACGAGGAAAACCCGACAUCCGCCGAUGAAGCACAGGAUAUUCUACGCAAGAUUUUUGAGGCUGAAUUUGGGCCAGUGGAAGCGCUUGUGAAACCUAUAUCCACUGCUCCAAAGGAGUCUUCAUAUCUUUCGUCCGCAGAAGAGGAAAAUGACGGUGAGGAGGAGUGGGAAGGCCUUUCGGACGAAGCCAACGCCGUCGAACAGCCUGCCGAAGUAGUUGAGGACACAACUUCAUGGAACUCGAGGAAGGACUGCGUAGACAAACAGGCUUGGAAAGCUUUUAUGACAGCAAAACCUCCCUCAUCCUCCGGGAUAUCGAAGAUAUCAUCCAAGAACAAAUUGACAGCAGCAUCAGGCGACACCACGGAUGACCUUGCCAUGGAUGCAGAGAACCUGAAAAACGACCUCGCCCUCCAGAGACUACUAAAGGAAUCCCAUCUCCUCGAAAGCGCAGACGACCUCAACCCAACCGGUGCGAAACGACACCGCGCCAUCGAUCUCCGUAUGCAAUCUGCCGGAGCAAAAACAUCCUUAUUCACACAAGCGAAAAUGCCCAUGUCCCAUCGCAAAGGUAUCAUGGGGAAAGCUAGCAAAAAGGAAAGAGCGCGACGGAGAGAAGCUAGGGAGAAUGGGAUUAUUCUUGAGAAGCCUACUUUCUCUACGCCUGGGAAAAAUAGGAGUGGCAGCGGUCGGGGUAGUCUGAGUAAGAGGGGUAUUGGGGGCCCGGCUAUUGGGAAGUUUGCGGGUGGGACGCUACGGCUUAGCAAGAAGGAUAUAUCUGAUAUUCAAGGGCCGAGGGAUGGGGGCUUGAAUAGGGGCAGAAGGAGAGGGAGAGGCAGUGGAGGACGCAAGUGA